AUGGUAUUCGCGAAAAGUUUUCCGUCCGGCUUUAACAACCAGACCCAAUGCACGAGCAGCGAGGGUCGUAUAUGCGACAUCUUCAAGGACCUUCCCAUCUGGAACCGAUAUUUCUGGCAGGUGGGCCUCGAAAUGAAAGAACAUUAUCCGGGCCAACUGUCGCUCGUCGCAAUCAAGGGCUAUGGUUCGGUUAAGCCGAAAAAAUUGCUCGAGGCUGCUGCAUACCUGCGUGACUUGCUGACGCUUCACCGCUGCGUCGUAUCUUGUGAACUACAUUCCUUCCUUUUGGACAACGACCACCAAAGUGUGUGUGACGCGUUGCGCAGGAGCCCAGGCCUUACAAACUUGAAGUUUUGCGUAGUGCCCAGAGCCACGGACGUGCAGCGGGACAUAAUCUCAACGCUGUCCCAUCUAAAACAGCUCAAACAGCUCGCACUCGGGAAGGUGGAUCUCGACCAUGCUUCGAUAUUGGACCUCGCGGAUUUUCUGAAGAGCACUCGAUCACUGACGACACUGAUCUUGACCCAGUGGUAUCUCCUGUUCGAGGAAGCAUGUGUUAUCAUCCGGGCACUAAAAGAGAACCGGACAAUCGAGACCCUGUCACUACGUACGUGUCUUGGAGGCCACUGUUCGAACCGGUGGGCCAUAGUUUUCGCCGAUUACGUAAGCGAGAACCAGACGCUGCGCACCCUGAGCGUGACAACACACUAUCACGAAUCUUUUAUCGAGGCACAGCUCAUCGUCACUGCAUUGUUCCAUAAUCAGACCAUCUCCGCGCUGAGCCUGAUAGGCUUCACGCUAGAUUUUGGGAGCACCAAGCUCAUCGGUAGUUUGCUAAGCAGGAACCGCAUUCUGAGGCGCUUGCACUUGGUCAAAUGCGCGUGGUAUAGUUCGUGCGACUGUAGUAUCACAUGCGCUGACACGCACUUCAUGGACAGCUUUGACAGUGCGUCCAGCCUGAUUUAUCCCUGGCUGGUGGGCCUCGGUGAAAACAAGGUGUUGGAAGAACUCACCCUUGACCUGUCGUUGUACCAAACUCACGAGUGCAAGUUGUUUUUCGAGACGGUUGCCAACAACCCGUCCCUUAAGGUAACCAUCGAGAAGUUUCGGCACGAAGAUUUGGCCAAGAUACACCAUUUCAUGCGGGAAAGCGGCGCCCAAGACCGCUGCGUCUUGAAGGACAACGUUGUGGUGGACGGACACUGCGACAACCUGUCCCGCGCUGAGUUAGAUACGAAAUUUGACAAUUUCGAGCGGCUCCUCACCACUAUGACUCUAUUUUCUACGAGCACUGGCGUGCAGACGCUGCAGCUGAAGAUCCGCAGUGACCAGUUCCAUGGUGCCGUGGCUUCCCUGAUUACGGACUACAUCGCAGGCACGUCAAUCCUGAGGGAGCUGAGUAUAGAGUUCAUCGGCGCCCAGUCAUUAGUGGUCGACAGGUCCGAGCGGAGGUUGGUGCAAGCGAUGUCUCUCAACAAGAGCAUCCGCAAUCUUACCCUUACAGGUCUUCGUUUCGACGAAACCGAUACUCAGAUACUGGUCGACAUGGUACAUUUAAGCCGGACGCUAUGCGAGUUGUCCUUCUACCCACGCGACUACAAGUCCACCGCCUCGCUGAUCCAGAAGCUGUCACCGAACGUCUCAAGUAACUACAUGCUCCUCCGAAUAGAAUUGCGCAGGUGCCCAGAGCUGAACGACCACCUGUUCACCAUCAAGGAGACCGUGCGUCGCAACUCAUCGCUGGUGACGCGCGCCGCGCACUUCGUCACUGGCAAUAGGAGCAGAUACUGCGGGACAGCCGCCGAAUUAGUGCACGCACACCCGGGACUCGUCGAGAAAGUGCAGGAACUCGCAUCGAUUAGCGAAAGCGAAGCAACUUCGCGCAUCAAGGCCAGCAUGAAGAACUUAUCCGAGAUGGAUGACUUCAUGUGUGUGGUGGGUGUCGUCAGAGAUAGCGUGACUUGCCAGAGGCGUGAAGAUGGUGCGAAGCAGCUGGUGGACGUCAGUCGGGACUGCUGGCUGCACAUACGGCAGUACCUGAAGGUUGCCGACAUAUUGGCUGAAGAGUAGGCGCGACUUGUAUUUGCUACGCCAUGGGGAACUUACCCAGGUUUCUCCCCGGAGGAACUCGCCUCCCUGGGACAAUUUCCGCCGGGGUAUGCGUGCACAAUAGUUUUCAUGUUUUAGUAUGCAAGUGCCGUGAAAAUAAGUGCCUUUGUG